GUUCUGUUGCUCGGUGAACGUUUUGAUAUGGGUAUGGACAUAGCUGAUAAGGAGAAUACGAGCCCACCUUUAUUUGAGUUCUGCAAUUGCUACAAAGUUGCAAGCCUUACCGAAACCAUUCUAAACCCUGUAAACGUUUCCAACUUAAAAGACCGGUACGUGCUCGGGGAACAGUUAGGCUGGGGUCAGUUUGGUGUGAUUAGAGUAUGUUCUGAUAAGUUAACAGGGGAGAGGCUCGCUUGCAAGUCUAUAUCUAAAGACAGACUGGUCACACAAGACGACAUGAAAAGCAUCAAACUCGAGAUUGCUAUCAUGGCUAGAUUGUCUGGACACCCUAAUGUUGUGGACCUCAAAGCGGUUUACGAGGAGGAGGAUUCCGUGCAUCUUGUGAUGGAGCUAUGCGCAGGAGGAGAGCUUUUUCACAAGCUCGAGAAGUAUGGAAGGUAUUCGGAGGUCCGUGCCAGGGUGCUGUUCAAGCAUUUGAUGCAAGUGGUCAAGUUUUGUCACGAUAGCGGUAUUGUUCACAGAGAUUUGAAACCCGAGAACAUUCUCAUGGCCACGAUGUCUUCUUCGUCUCCUAUCAAGUUGGCUGAUUUUGGUUUGGCAACCUAUAUCAAGCCUGGCGAAAAGCUGAACGGAACAGUUGGUAGUCCGUUUUAUAUAGCCCCGGAAGUGUUAUCAGGGGGAUAUAACCAAGCUGCUGAUGUAUGGAGUGCAGGGGUUAUUUUGUACAUUCUUCUCAGUGGAGUGCCUCCCUUUUGGGGAAAGACUAAGUCCAAGAUUUUUGAUGCUGUCAGGGCCGCAGAUUUGAGAUUUUCUGCAGAACCUUGGGACCAUAUUACUCCAUACGCCAAGGAUUUGAUCCGCGGGAUGCUAUGUGUUGAUCCUUCCCAGAGGUUAUCUGCUGAUGAUGUUCUAGCUCACUCUUGGAUGGAGCAGUUACCUGAAUCAAGUCAAGAACGAUAUGAGCAGGAUGGGUUUGGCUGUGAAGGAUUGGAGAAUGGUGGAUGUUCUUUCUCCACACAAUGCAUAUCUCGGGAACAAGACUAUAGCUUUAGCAUGGGGCAGCUAGAGAAAACAACAGAUAACGAGUGUAGAUCAUCCUUCUCGUCUUUUUUACCUGCGGAUAACACACUGCCAAAGUCCGGUUUUGGUGGGUUUUCUUCCGAUGGGAAACAACCGGAAUCAACCUCAGGUGGCUUCUCAUCAACUGGAGUUCCAUCUAUGCCAAGCUUUACCUUUUUUAGUCCUUGCCCAGCGAUCCCACGCAACAUUGACAUUACUGAAACGGAUGGGAAACUUCGAGACUCAAGCCCAAAGAGGUUACUGCAUUCACUGGAUUCUUCUUCACAAGUUGAGAGAAACGAGGAAGCAGGGGAGAAUCAAACAGAAGCAGCAGGGAAGUCAGAGACAAGAAGGGAAAGAGGAAACUGGUCGAGAAUGUCAGGUCUGCACAGCAAAAGGAACCGGACCAUAGGACUAGGCGAGCUAGACCAGUUGGUGGUUGAUAUUGCAGUGACGGAGUCGAUAAGCAGAUGGGCAUCUUGCACGCAUAUCCCCACUGCCCCAUCACUCAGACUGUCGCUCGUCUGCUAG